AUGCCGGACUGGAGAGGUGACACCCAGCUCGGGGACCUUCCCAAGGAGCUGAUUGACAGCAUACUCGUCCUGUUGCCGUCCAAGGACGUCGGCCGCUGCCGGGCCGUCAGCAAGUCGUGGCGCAGUAUCACCUCCAGGUAUGAAUUCAUGCUUGAACACCAUCGCCGCCAGCCAUCGCUCCCCAUCAUCAAUGGGCAGGGCUGGCCUUCGAGUUUCGUCCUCUUCAUCCAGGCCGGCACCAGUUCCUCCAAUCAAAAGCUCUGGCCAUUCAAACCAGGCACCAGAUAUCAUUCAGAUAGUUGCCUCCAGGGGACUUGUGAUGGCUUGAUCAUCGUCAAUUGGGGAUCCCGGUUAUACAUCUGCAACCCGGUCAUCCGCAAACAUAUUCUCCUACCGCAACCUCAAGGUGGGCAAGCCUACAACCGAGUAAGUGGUUUCUACCGGCACCAUCCAACCGGAGAACACAGGGUUCUCUUGGUCUCAACUCCAUGUCAGGGUAAAUCCAACUUAUAUGUCAUCACGGUUGGAUCUUCCGAGCCGAGACAUGUCACAGUGAAAAUGCCAAUCGUACUGUCAUCUUAUGUGGAACAUAGGUUCCUGGUUAGGCUGCUCCCUGGGUCCUAUUGUCCACCACCAGUCCAGCACCGUGGUAGUCUACACUGGUGCCCUCCUUGUGGUGCUGGUGAUAUUCCCGGAGGCAUUGGAGACAUUAUUGUGUUUGACACAGAAGCCGAGUUAUUCCGAUGGAUACACACUCCUGCCCAGCCAUACUCUGAUAAGAAGUUGUUUGAGAUGAAGGGGGAACUUGCUUUCUGGGGCAGCAGAUUCUCCAGCUCGAAUAUCGGUUUAACUGUCAUGGAUGUCUGGGUGAUGCAGGAUUACAAGGCCGGAAUAUGGGGUUUCCAGUACCGGAUUGACCUCUCAACGUUGGAGGCAUCACGACAACUAUAUCUAUCUUCUUACAAAAAGAAAAAGAAAACACCACUUCAUUCAGCACUACAAGGGUUCAACGAUGUGGUUCUGCUCAACGACCGUGAGCUGCUCAUAAGGUUUAAUUCAGAACAUGUGCUGCGCUGCGACACUGAUGGUAAGUUUUUAGGUAUGGUGAACAUUGGGAAGAGUCAAUAUCGAAUGAUGCUCACCCAGUACUAUCUCAGUGAGAGCAUUAUUCCAAUUCCCUCCAAUGAUAUGCAAGAAGAUGACGAGGUGCCUCCGUUCAUAGGGCAUGUCUAA